AUGGCAGCAAUUUAUUAUUGUAAAAUUUGUGAGAAACUUAUUGUGGAUGAAGAUGAAUUACCGACAGUGGGAACUUAUUGUUCAAGGAAAUGUGAAAAAAUCUUUGAAAAAUUUGGUUUGGAUAAAGGAAUAAAAGAAUAUGAAAGGAGGGAAAAGGUCAGAAAAGAUCGUUUAUCAGUACAUGUUGAUGACGAUGAAGUCGAAGUACCAUCAUCAAAUAAACGUGAUGAGUCUGAAGAUGAACCUUCUUCUCAAGACGAUUUAAAGAAAAAGAGAAGUGGCAAGAAUGAUCGUAAAUCUUUAAUUGAUACACUUCCUUAUGAAGAUUCCGUGGAAUAUUUGAGGAAGCAAGUUAAUUCUGCUGGAAAUACCCCAAGAGAAAGAAGUCGUUCAAGUAUAGAAGAACCUACAUCUACUACUACUCCUCUUCCUGUCGAGAAUCAAUCACAAACGGUACCGACUUAUCCCGACGUAAAGCCAAAUAAACAUGAAAAUUAUAUAUUUGAAGAUAAUAUUUACGAUGAGCCUCCUCCUUCAUAUGAAUCAAUUUGUUCACCACAAGCUGCUAAUGUAGAUGAAAAACCAUUGACUUUUGAACCGUCUGAUGAGAAAAAAACGAGCACUACAGAGAGAACUGCAACUAAUAAUACAAUGAAUACAGAUAAAAGGAGCACUAUUAGUAGUUAUACCACUGCGAUUGUUGCUGAUGAUUCUGCCACUAAUGCUGCCAUUAAUUCUGCUACUGAUACUACCGAUAACACCAAUAUUCCUCCAAAAGUACCUCCGAAAUUACCUCCGAAAGUUCCUAUUUCGAACGCUCCACCAUUGAUGAAUCCACAACCACAUAUACAACCUCCUAAUCAAUUUUUUCUGCAUAAUAAUCAACAACGUCCUUUCUACCCUACUAUUAAUCAACAAAAUGUUUUUAAUCAUUAUGGUAUAAGCAGCAGUUCUCCUCAACAUCAAUUACCGCUUAAUGUUAAUAAUUUUGGUGCCAGCCAUAGUCAUCCUUCCACAUCUUCCACACCUGCUGAUAGAUUCUUGAAUGAACAGGCAAAUCUUCCCUCGACAGUUUAUCCUCCUCCAUUUUAUACAAUUAAAAGAUUUGGCAAUAAUACAUAA